CAAGUCUUGUCAUGAGAAACAAGAAAAAAAUAAGCUGAGCUUAUAAACAAUGAGUUUUAAAAACAGAAGACGAAAGAAAAAAAACAAGAUUGGAGUCCAAGGAAAACGUAGAAGAAUAGACAAAAAGAGAUUUAAAGUAAAAUGUAGAUAUUCAAAAAAGAAGCAAGAAAGGCACUUUAGGAAAACAACUCCAAAAUUAGUACGUAGGCUUGAUAAAAAGAAGAGUAAGAAGAAAGAUGAUGCGCAGGUACCAUUGUAUAAUGUGCAGACAGCCACACGAAAUCAUCCGGUGUCGAUACAAGGAAUACCAUGGAUAUUAUUUAACAACGAGAGGCAAAGAUUAAUAACAUAUGUUAAAUAUCCGGAACGAGGUCAGAAGUCGGUCGUUUUGCUGGCGAACCACGGGUUCGUGUACACAGGGGAAGGUAACGACAACGACGACAGAGUUACCUGCUACUCUUGCUGUUCGACCAAACAGGACUGGCUUCUCUUGGACGACGUGGCGGAAAUCCACGGGCAAAUGUCGCCUGGGUGUUCCAUGGUAACCCAUAUCAACAGCGAUAACAUACCAAUGUCAACAGACGCAAACCUUGAUACCAGCAGACAGACAGGAACCACACAACAAUCAACACCAACCAACACAGUAGUAGCCCCUACAAGUUUUACCUCAGGUGAACGCCAAAAACCUACUAGAGCUAGAAAACCAACAUACUCAGAGCUUGGCAUAAUCAUCAGCAAGCCUAAAUCUCCUGAAUACGCAUUGAAAAGCAAAAGAGUAACAUCCUAUGAGGGUUUGCCACAAGAUCUGACUGGUACUGUAGAAAAAUGGAUAGAUUCGGGCUUUUACUACCUUGGUUAUGGACAAUGCGUCCGGUGUUUCCACUGUGGAGGUAGACUAAAAAACUGUGGAGAUGAACAGCAACCUGAUGUUGAGCAUGCAAAAUGGUUUCUUAAUUGUGAUUUCAUCCGUCAACGAAUGGGCCACGGUUUCGUAGACUGUGUCCAGGAACUAAAAAAGGACCAUGAUCAGAGUUCACGUCAGUUGGUGUCGGAUGAAUUAAAUGUUCGCCUAGAUGCGGUUUUGGAGCCUUUAAAACGAGACGCAGCCGUUAAAGCUGUUGUUGAGAUGGGAUACAACGUCGUUGAUGCUGUAGCAGCAGCAAAAGCCGUCAAAGAACGGAACUCUAUCAUUUCUGCGGAUGCCCUUCUCGAGGAAUUGCAAGGUGAACGACCAAGAACUAUAGCAACCAGAGGAAUAAGAACAGGGGCUUUAUCUAACCUUGCUCAAAAUACAGAAGAUAGCACACUUUUAGAACCUUCACUGCAAGCAGCUGCAGCUGCUUCAGUAGUACCAGCUCAGUCCACAACUGUUCAGGGAGCAGCUACAGAAAGAGCUUCAAACACAUGCAAUAGUCAAACCUUAAAGCGACGUCGAGGUCCAACUUAUGAAGAACUAGGAAUAAUCACAGAUAGACCCAAACAUCCUGAAUUUGUCUCCCCAUCAAAAAGACAGGAUUCUUUCGCUUCCUGGCCAAGAGCUCGUCAUCAGUCAGUCGAUGACUUGAAAGAUUCUGGCUUUUAUUAUGCUGGUUACGGUGACUGUGCCAGAUGUUUCUACUGUGGUGGUGGACUCAGGAACUGGAAAGAUGAAGAUGACGUGUAUGUUGAGCAUGCCAGAUAUUUUCCUAAAUGUGCUUUUAUUCGUCAGCGAAUGGGUCAGGGGUUUGUCGAUAUUGUUCAGCAGUUGAACAAGGACUCUUGUAAGAUCACCAGGCUAAUGGUAGAAAUGAUAUUAAAUGAAUCUAAUGAUGAACAGCUCAUGCAACACCCAGCAGUUCAAGAGGUUGUUGAGAUGGGUUACAGCAUUAAAGAUGUUAAAACUGCUGCAAGAAUUAUUGAAGAAAAAGGUGCUGUAAUAUCUGCUGAUGGUCUUCUUAACCUACUAAUAAACAACAAUAGACCCAGGGACCAAAACAAUAUCCCACCACCAACAGCUCCUGGUGUUUCACCUGACAUUGCUCACAAUCUAAAAAUGAUAAGAACAAUAAAAGAACAGAACAACCAGCUACGUCAGCAGACAGUGUGUAAGAUCUGUAUGGACCAGGAGGUGGCUGUCAUCUUUCUGCCCUGUGGUCAUCUGGCGUCGUGUGCGGACUGCGCUUCUUCUAGACCGGAUUGUCCUAUCUGCAAAAGACAAAUUAGAGGAUCUGUCAGGGUUUUCAUGCAGUAAAAGAAGAGAUUGAAAAAAAAAUAACUGUAUGCCUCUUACAAGGAAAAUUUGUUAAAAGAAAUUGCAAAGUAAAGUUUUUUUGUACUGGAUUACGCAUAAAACGCUAAAUUUUGAUAUAUCUCGAUUUAUAAUUUUUGUCCGAUUAAAAUAAGUCCUCUAUACUCCAGAUGUGAUGAAGGACUGAAGUGUAAAACGGUGAAAAUUGUCAAAAUUUCAUGUGAUUUUUGUGUACGAUCACAAUACUUUCUCUAUACAAAAAAGUAAAAACAGCAUAUUCUUUCUUCUUCUUCUUCGUUCUUAAUUAUGUAUAUGUUGGAGGAUUUAAACAACAAGCCCAACUUCGUGUAUGAACUGGACUGUGAUCUCCAAAUCCGCGGGUGCCCGAUGAAUGGUGUUUUCUAUCUCAUUUUUCUUUUUUAGAUUUUUUGCUUCUUUAAUAAAACUUGUUCUUUGAAGUCUGUUUGAUUGGCUGGGCUUCUGGAGUUUGUGUUUUAGAUUAUGGUUAUCCAGUGCCUCUAGCUUUGUGUAUUGAUUGAGGAUUUUUUAUUCUCUUAUUUCUUCUAAAGAGCGGCUAUUUCCUCCAUUGCUUUUAUAGGCAAUGUUUUCAUAGCUCCUGUCAUUAUUCUCAAACCAAUGUUCUGAACUUUGUCAAUUUUGCUAAUAUUUGUUUUAGCUUCUGAGCCCCAAGUUGAAUCACCAUAUUCUAACGUAGGUCUCACAUAGCUGGUGUAGGUUUUUUCAGGAUGUGAUUAUUUCCUCCCCAGUCUGUUCCUGCCAAUUUCCUUAUUAGAUUAAGUCAUUUGAUCCUUUUACUUUGUGUGUUUUCUAUUUGUUUUCUCCAGGAGUCGAGUGUCAAAGUGACUCCUAGGUUUUGGGGUGGUAAAACAGCAUCUGAAAUUGCAUUGUUUUACUCUUAGACUGAUUUAUAAUUUAAACUACUUAUAUUUUAACCGUUUUUUAACUUGAAUUCUCGCAAAAUUUAAAGCUGAACAAUAAUUUUUUUUUUUUAAUUAAAAUAUGUGUACUUUAAAUCAGUUUAACUAGAUCUAGCAGUUAACAACUAAACAUUAACGAAUGUUACAUGACUAUUCAAAAGAAAUAUGAAUUUAAGAAAAAUGUUUUAAAACGUUUGAAAUACAAUCUUGGUGAGACAUAUCGACUUACAUUUUCUUAAUUGUUGCAAAUUUCAAAAUCAUGUUAUUAUUUUUAAAAAUUCUCCUGCAAAGCUGUUUGAUUGGAAUUGAAAGCAGGCUAUAACCUUUCUUUUUAUAUGU